ACUAAACUCUAAUGUGUAGUCUCAAAGUAAGCCGACCUCUAGGUUGGUGAGCGGCGUGGUCGCGUUGAGUCCGUGUUGUUUGAAAACGUUGUCGUUGUGUACACGGUGACUAAAAUCCGAGGGUACAACUUCACUUCUGGUUAGUGUGGUGAUGCUCCCAGUCCCCAAGAUUCCGUUUUGGCUAAGUGUGAGAACCAAAUUCCUGGCUUUUCUGAGCUACUUGAGGACUUCCCAGACACUGAAGAGCCUACGUGGAUUCUGGGAAAACAAUAUCACUUAAAAACAGAAAGAUCUGAACUCCUGUCAGAUGUCAAGUCAAGGUUAUGGUUUACAUAUAGGAAGAAAUUCUCCCCAAUUGGGGGGACUGGUCCCUCUUCUGAUGCUGGCUGGGGGUGUAUGCUACGGUGUGGGCAGAUGAUCCUGGCACAAGCAUUGAUAUGCAAACACCUUGGGAUAGAUUGGCGAUGGGAGAAAGGCAAAUGGCAACCUGAGCCUUAUUACCGGAUUCUGCAGUGCUUUCUGGACAGAAAGGACAGUUGCUACUCAAUUCAUCAAAUGGCUCAGAUGGGAGUGGGAGAGGGCAAAUCUGUAGGGGAAUGGUAUGGACCCAACACAGUGGCGCAAGUAUUGAAAAAGCUUACAUUAUUUGACGACUGGAAUGCACUGGCAGUUUACAUUUCCAUGGAUAAUACUGUAGUUAUUGAAGAUAUCAAAAAACUGUGCAAACAUUGGUCUGAGAAUUACAGGUUACAAACUGAUACCUCUCUGUACAGAGGAGAUGUACCCAAAAACCAGACUGUGUCUGUGCACCAUAGGGACUGGAAACCACUUUUGCUGAUUAUACCUCUCCGUAUGGGAAUAAACCACAUCAAUCCGGUUUACAUCAACGCAUUAAAGGAAUGUUUUAAGAUGCCACAGUCUUUAGGAGUCUUAGGUGGAAAACCAAACAAUGCUUAUUAUUUUAUAGGAUUUCUUGGAGAUGAGUUAAUCUAUUUGGAUCCCCAUACCACCCAGCCUGCAGUAGACACAGAGGAUGAUGGGAGUGUGGAUGAUUACAGUUAUCACUGCCACCGAGCGCCACAUCGUAUGAAAAUUACGCAUCUUGACCCUUCAGUAGCUUUAGGAUUUUUUUGCAACACUGAAAGAGAUUUUGAAAACUGGUGUAAUUUUGUACAGAAGGAAAUCCUGAAGACACAAAGUUUCCGGAUGUUUGAACUGGUCGAGAAGCAUCCUGCUCAUUGGCCUCCAUUUGUUCCUGCAACCAAACCUGAAGUACAGACCACAGGUGCAGAAUUUGUUGAGCCAGCUGACAAACUGUUUGAAUCAGAGGAAGAAUUUGAAAUCCUGAAUGUCUAAAGUAUAUGAUUGGACUCCCUCCAUGCAUCAAGCAUUGUUGCUGAGUGACAACAGCAGAGACUCUCCACUGUUUUUACCAAUCGAGCAACCUUUUUAACAAGUGCCUGAUUUCAUAAGGGUAGAAGAAAUUCUGCAGCAUGAUUGAAGAUAAUGAAAUAACUUCCAUUUAAUGAGCAGGUUGCUUGCCAAGUAGUUUACUCCCAACCUCAUGUAUUUAACUUUCCUUUGAACAAAACAAGGAAAGGCAGUUUUCCAAAGAAUGGAUCCUCUUCUGUUUCAGGGAUCUAAUAGAAACAAGUGUUAGUUAGAGAAUAUUCUUGAGAGGAAUUGAUGUUAUGGGGCAGGACAACAUUGAGAAAAAGAUCACUGGAUUCCAGUUGAAGAGGACCUCUGAUAUAGAAAGAUGAUAGUAUAAUGCAGUGCUUGCUGCAUAUUUGUGACAUAGAUGUCAUAUAAAUCAUCUGGAGCCCAUCACACGCUUCAACAGAUGAGGUUUUCCCCUUCUUUACCUGGCUGAGUGCUGGACUGCAUGCCUCGUAUUGUAACGAGGAGUCUUUCUUUAAUACUGCAUUCUCAUUCAAGUCUUCUGAUUUUUUUUGGAGGUUGAAGAAUCUAUGAAGAUUAAUUCUGUUAGUUAAUUUUCAGUAUUACUGUGUAUAAUUCCGUGUAUAUAAUGUAAUCCACUUUUGGUCAGGGCUGUACUGAUUCUGCAUUUACAAUGUAUUUAUAGUGUCCCAUCCAGUAUUUUGUACACUCCAUUAUUGUUCAUUUGUUUGAUAGUCCCAAAAUAUUCAAUACAAUUUUUUGUGUAAUACACAUCCAUGCAAUGUUCUUAUGUACUGUAUCAGUGUUAUUUUUGAACUCCCAAUAAGUUUGUUUGGUUAUUGUUAACUUUGAAAUGUAAAAAGGACAGCAAAGCACUGUACAGUACAAAAAUGCAUGUAAGAUAAAAUUGAUGCAUGUAUAAAAUAUGACAUCUAGGAGCUGGAUGCCAGCUUGAAAAUGUAGCAAAUUUUUUUUAAAGAUAGAUCCCAUUUAGCUGUUGAGAAUUUUAGAUAAUGAUACCAACUUCUCAUGUUAGCAUAGUCUGUCCUGCCCCACGAAACAAGCUCCUUUGUUGUGGUUGGUGCACUGCUUAACUAGUAUGUGCAAACAUGAGUGAGAAGACAUUGAGCUUGUAUGGAUAAUGCUGGACUUAAAACACUACGCAUUAGAACCUCAAUCUCUAAGCUUAGUAGCUUCUUAAAUACUCUUAAGUUCUCAGUCAACCUUACUGGGAAAAGUCUGAGAGGGUAAUAUAGAUAUUACUAACUUUUAAUAAAAUAGAGCUUGAAAUCUUGCUGAAUAUAUCUCUUUGAGAAGACACAGAAAUAAUAAAGUCAUAUCCAUCCUGCUCCUUAU